AUGGAGUUGAGAAUGGGUGGAGUGGUGGCUUUUAUAGCUCCUAGUGUGGUGUGGAGUGGAGUGGAGUGGAUCGGCUCGGGCUCCGGCGGGCUCGGUUCAUCCAACAGUUGGCGGGAAUGUACAGGCUCUCUUACGUGCUCUCACACGCUCUCACGCGCUCCCUCACGCGUUCUCUCACACUUUCUCUCACGCGCUCUCUCACGUGCUCUCUCACGCCCUCUCUCACGUGCGCUCUCACGGACGCGUUCACGCGUCUCUCACGCGCUCUCUCGCGCGCUCUCUUUACGCUCUCUCACGCGCUCCCUCGCGCACUCUCACGCGCUCUCUCAUGUGCUCUCUCACGCAUUCUCUAACGCGCUCUCUCACGCGUUCUCUCACGCGCUCACUCACGCGCUCUCUCACGCGCUCUCUCACGCACGCUUUCACGCGUCUCUCACGCACUCUCUCAUGCGCUCUCUCACGCGCUCUAUCACACGCACUCUCACGCACUCUGUCACGCGUUCUCUCACGCGCUCUCUCACGCGCCCUCUCAUGCUCUUUCUCAUGCUCUCUCUCACGCGCUCCCUCACGCGCUCUCUCACGCGAACUCUCAUGCGCUCUCACGCACUCUCUCACGCUCUCUCUCACGCACUCUCUCACGCACUCUCACGCGCUCUCUCACGCCCUCUCUCACGCCCUCUCUCACGUGCGCUCUCGCGCGCGUUUUUACGAGCUCUCUCACGCGCUCUCUCACGCGUCUCUCACGCGCUCUCUCACGCACUCUCCCACGCGCUCUCCCACGCGCUCUCUCACGCGCUCCCUCACGCGCGCUCUCACGCGCUCUCUCACGCGCUCCCUCACGUGCUCUCUCACGCGCUCUCUCACGCGCACUCUCAUGCACUCUCUCACGCGUCUCACUCGCUCUCUCACGCGCUCUCUCUCACGCGCUCUCUCUCACGCGCUCUCUCUCAUGCGCUCUCUCACGCGCUCUCCCACGCGCUCUCCCACGUGCUCCCUCACGUGCUCUCUCUCGCGCACUCACUCAAGCGCACUCUCACUUGCACUCUCACGUGCACUCUCACGUUCACUCUCACUCGCACUCUCACGCGCACUCUCAUCCGCACUCUCACGCGCUCUCUCACGCGCACUCUCACGAGCUCUCUUACGCGCACGCGCACUCUCACGCGCACGCGCUCUCUCACGCGCACGCGCUCUCUCACGCGCACGCGCUCCCUUGCGCGCAUGAGCUCUCUCACGCGCUCUAUCACGCGCACUCUCAGGAGCACUCUCACUCGCACGCGCUCUCUCGUGCGCUCUCUCGUGCGCUCUCUCGUGCGCUCUCUCGUGCGCUCUCUCACGCGCACUCUCACGCGCGCUUUCCUGCGUGUUGGCUCCCGUGUACAUGCUCUCCCUCGCGCUCCGUCUCUCCCAUUCUUCAAAUGA